AUGGGAGAUUCAAGUACAGACUCGUUUAGUUUGAAGACUGCUUUUGAAGAAAGGAAACAGAUGAAAAGAGAUGAACUUGUUGCUGUUUUUGACCAGUGGGCUAAAGAUGGAAAAUAUGAAAAGGAUAUGAGUUUUAUUGGUAAUAAAGGCGUGGAUAUUGUUACAAGGGCAGCCUCAGAUCAUUUCUCAACCAACAAGGAUGUUGUGAGUGUUAUAGAUAUAGCUGCAGGAACAGGGUUAGCUUCUCAAGCGUUGUUAAAGUUGGGAUUUAGUAUUAUAGAUGGUAUAGAUCCAAGUCAAGGUAUGAAAGAUGAGGCUAUGAAGAAAAAUAUAUACCGAGAUUAUGUGGUUGACUUUGUUGAUGGCCAUAAAACUGUUCUAGAAACAGAUAAAUAUGACUGUUCUGUUGUAUCUGGUGGAUUCUCACAAAGUUUAAUGCCGUGUAAUGCUUUAUAUGAAAUCACCCGAAUCGUCAAACCAGAAUUUUUCAAUGAGGUAGAAUUGUGCAUUUAA